CAGUCAGUCAGUAUGAUCAAAUUAGACUAAAAUUGAAAAUAAUUAUUCUUUUAUCUGAGGAAACGAUAUUAAUUUGUCUAUUUACGAAUUUCUGAGUAAAAGUUAUGUGAACUUAUAACGCAAACAAAGUACACACUGAGUGAGAAGCAGUGUACCGAAAUAGUUAUAAACAUAACCUAAAAUGGCUAAUAAAAUCUUAGGGAAUAUUUUGAGAACAAGACCAUCACUUUUGAUGUUUAAGCGAUGGGAAGGCUCUAACUCAGAGAAAAGAGUCACAGUACACGAUCCUUUCUAUUCGCAGCCACAGAAAAAUAAAAAAUCAUACUUAGAGGUUGUAAAAAUGUUUGAAGGCCGGGACAACCGUAGACGCGGUCAUGUCGAAUUUAUUUACGCUGCUUUAGCAAGAAUGAAAGAGUUUGGUGUGCAGAAAGACCUUGAAGUGUACAAAGCCCUACUUGAAGUGCUACCUAAAGGGAAAUUGAUACCAAAAAACAUAUUCCAGGCUGAAUUUAUGCAUUAUCCUAAGCAGCAGCAGUGUGCUGUGGAUCUCUUGGAGCAAAUGGAAGAUAACAAAGUAAUGCCGGACUCGGAAAUGGAACAGAUGCUUCUAAACACAUUUGGUAGCCGAGGAAUACCUCUCCGCAAGUUCUGGCGCAUGAUGUACUGGAUGCCCAAGUUCAGAAACCUGAGUCCUUGGUACUUGCCUGAGGAACUGCCUAAUGAUACAAUAGAGCUGGCCAAACUUGCAAUACAGAGGAUAACUUCUGUAGAUCCUGAUAUGAAGAUAAAUAUUUGGCAGACAGAAGAAAUAGAGGCCAGCUUGGACAAGACUUGGAUUGUGAGCGCUCAAAGUGAUUCCCAGAAGAUAUUACUAUCAGAGCAGCCAACUGAUGACCCUCUGGUAGUGAAAGGACCAUUUAAUGUGUACCUCAGAGAGCAGGUUGUGAACUAUUUCUUAUUGAUUGGGAAGACAAGGCCUGAACCUAAAGAUGACAGUGAUCCAGAUGAUGUUUCAAACGUAAAGAAACCUCUUGGAAUACCAGGGUUUGUUGGUAGUACCAAGCUGCCAUCAGUAAGGCAAACGGUGCAUGAACAAGAUGAUGGCACAAUAGUGGCUGUGUGUGCUACAGGCACUUCAUCAAGAGAUUCCUUGCUGUCUUGGAUCAGGCUACUAGAGAAGUAUGACAACCCACUAUUAUCUACUAUACCAGUCAUAUUCACACUCACUGCCCCACCAGACGAGAUGGUUAUUGCAGAAACACAGCCAGCCAUCAAAGAAGAAAAUCUUGAAGAAACUAGAGCACAAUAAGUGUAAAUUAUUUAUAGAUAUUCCUAGAUUGUAUGUAGAAAAAUGUUGUUUUAUUAAAAUUUAAACUUGAUAA